AUGAGUCCGCUGCUGCGGCGCGGUCCCUAUCGUGUGCUCAGCAACACCGCUAGCCCCUGGCCACGGGCAAGUAUAGGCGUAGACGCCAGCUUGGGGUCCGUGAGCUUGAGACAGCAGCAGCAGUGGGCCGUGGUGUCGCAAACACAUGUUCGUCAUGCGUCGUCAACGGGGAGUGGUCGCCCCAAAACGGCCAUCUUUUUUCCGGGGCAAGGAGUUCAGAAGGUGGGCAUGCUCACGUCCUGGCUGGAAGCCUUCCCCGCGACGGCCACACCGAUAAUCCAGGAAAUCGAUCAUAUUGUGGGGUACAAGUUAUCCGACGUAAUACACAAUGGGCCUGGGCGAGUGCUGAAUGCGACACCGAAUGCGCAACCGGCCAUCAUGGCCACCUCGAUCCUGAUCAUGCGUAUCCUCGAGAAGGAGUUUGGCUUCCGGACGGCCGAGCGUGCUGACUUUACGUUGGGCCACUCUCUCGGCGAGUUUGCGGCGCUGGUCUCUAGCGGCUUCAUCGAAUUCGAAGACAGCCUUUUCAUGGUGCAAAAACGGGCAGAGGCUAUGGCCGCGGCCACCCGGCGUGCCGAGGAGGAGUACGGCGGCGAGUAUGGCAUGGUGGCGAUCGUGACGGAACCCCCGUAUCUCCAAUCGCUCAUCGCCGCAAUCCACGAAUUCGUCGGCCACAGCAGCCCCGGGAGCAAGUCGGAGAGCGCCGAAGACCGGUCGCCGAUCGACCAGGUGCUGAUAGCCAACAUCAACAGCAAGAACCAGAUUGUAUUGAGCGGCAACAUUGAGCGCAUCAAGACGCUGGUAGCCCAUGUCCGGCAGUUCCUCGGCCACGACCCACGCGCCGUGAGGUUAAAGAGUGACAGUCCGUUUCACAGCCCUAUCAUGAAGCCUGCAGUGUCAGUCAUGCAAAAGGUCUUGGCGGGGACUAGCCGUGCGAAAGGGAAAGAAGGAGAGGACAUUGUCGCAUGGCCGGGUACGGUGCCUUGUAUCAGCAACGUAACGGCGCGGCCGUUUAGCAGCCGGGCAGACCUCAAGGAUCUUCUAGCGAGGGGGUGUUUAGAGACGGUGCGGUGGUGGGACAGCAUCAAGUAUCUCGAUCAGGAGCAGCGGGUCAGGAGAUGGGUGGGUAUUGGACCCGGGAAGGUUGGGCGGAACCUGGUUGGGAAAGAGGUGGGUAUGCGGGGGAAGGAUACGGUCAAGGGUGGCGGUGUGUGGGCGAUUACGGAUCCAAGUGAGAUUGAGGAGGUGUUGAGGGGUUUGGAAGAGACUGAGUGUUUUGUCGAUGAGGAAGGAGAGUGA